UUGCAUUAUCUGAGUAACCUGCAUCCUGUCCCACUGUGCGACGUCUGCGCGAAGAGAACCAACAUUGAGCGCGCAUUGCAGUCGCUUUUUGGUGUUGCGGUUAAAUGUCCGUUUUCGAAUAGUUGAAUCCUUAUUUAGCGGAAAACGAAUCUAAAUAUUGGGAUCCUGAAUCCGUGUAACAAACCAUAAACCUGCAGCAUCAAACGACAAAGGAUAUAUAUUAUUAAUAUACAUAUCCGUAUAUUAUACAUUGACGUAGCGAUAUAAACGCCUCCUACAUUUGCCAAAAAGGCUGAUUACUAAGGAAAGGAUUAGCAAUGUGCUGGUCAAUUUUAGUUACAGGACUCCUGUUACUUGGAGUGUUAAAUGGAAAAGCUAUGAACGCAAUAGACUACGACCAUAUGGCACCAGACGACAGUCUUAUUAACCAAUUCCAACAGCAGAUGGAGGGCACAUCGCCAUAUGUGUAUAGAGAAAUGGAGAGGGUCGAAAACAUUCAGGCCAUCAAGCGCCUGCCCGUACCCUCUCGGUUUCCCGUGUACAGGCGCGUCUGUAUUCCUCGCAGUGGCUUGUGCGACAAUCAUCCCAACGAUUGCUGCUUCAAUAGCUCCUGCAGGUGCAAUCUUUGGGGCAAUAAUUGUCGUUGCCAGCGUAUGGGACUCUUCCAAAAGUGGGGCUGAAGACUAUAUGGGAAGAUAUAACUGCUGCCCCCUCCUGAUCAACAUGAUGCAGAUUCAAUCAUCAAAUAUGGAUAAGAAGGAAUAAAAAUAGCAAAUAGAAAAUAUGAAUAUGUAUGGGUUUGUGUGUGUGUGUUCACGUAUUUGUGCAUGUCAGUAAAGUCUUGUAAAUUAA